CCCCUGGCAGGACCGUGGCCCUGAAGGUGGGCCUGGGGCACCACAGCCCCUGUGGCUGGUGGUCUCUGGUGCAGCACUUGGGGCUGGAUGCCAGGGUCGGCCCAGCCUGAAUACCUGCGGCCAGGGUGCUGCCCUGCAGAACUAACCCAGUUUAGCACAGCAACCUGCCCUGUGCUAGAUUUUCUGGGCUGUUCUCAGCAUCUCGGUUACCAAGGUGACUGUUUCCUGUGUGAUUGCUAAUGCUUCACGAUCUCGAUCAUGGUAUCUGAGUGACUUCCUUUUCUCUGGAAAGAGCACUAGGACCUGCUCCUGCUCCGGGCUGCCAGACUCAUCGCAGGUGUGGAGGAUUCAGAUCGUGCUUCUGUCCUGGAUGGUGUGUUCCUGUGCUUCUGUGGCCUUGGCCCCAUGUGGGCUUGGGCUGAGCUGGGACCAGUAGGGCAGAGAGGCCGGUGUGCCUCGGAGUGCUGACGCUGGGAGGCUGCUGGACCUGCUCCUGCCAGGACCCUCCUGCUCCUGGGACCCUCCUGCUCCCCAGCUCGAGGAACCCCGAUACUCUGAUGGAUCUGAGGCCCUGCUCGCUGCUGUUGCUCUGGACUCUGGUGGUUGCCCUCACUCUCCUGGACCAGGAAGUGCUGGCCCAGCAUAUUUACACCAACACCUGGGCUGUGCUCGUCCCUGCAGGACCCCAGGAGGCUGACAGGCUGGCCAGGAAGCAUGGAUUCCUCAACCUCGGCCCGAUCUUUGGCGACUAUUACCACUUCCGGCACCGCGGCGUGGUGAAGCGUUCGCUCUCGCCCCACCAGCCCUGGCACAGCCGCCUGGCCAGGGAACCCCAGGUGCAGUGGCUGGAGCAGCAGGUGGCAAAGCGCAGGACCAAGCGAGACGUUUUCAUGGAGCCCACGGACCCUAAGUUCCCACAGCAGUGGUACCUGUACAACACAAACCAGCGGGACCUGAACGUGCGUCAGGCCUGGGAACAGGGAUACACGGGCAAGGGCAUAGUGGUGUCCAUCCUGGAUGACGGCAUUGAGAAGAACCACCCUGACCUGGAGGCCAACUAUGACCCAGGGGCAAGUUUUGAUGUCAAUGACCAGGACCCAGACCCGCAGCCCCGCUACACGCAGAUGAAUGACAACAGACAUGGCACGCGCUGUGCUGGGGAAGUGGCUGCUGUGGCAAACAACGGCAUCUGUGGUGUUGGCGUGGCGUACAAUGCCAGGAUCGGAGGUGUGCGCAUGCUGGACGGGGAGGUGACCGACGCUGUGGAGGCCCAUUCCCUGGGUCUCAAUCCCAACCACAUCCACAUCUACAGUGCCAGCUGGGGCCCUGAGGACGAUGGCAAGACUGUGGAUGGCCCGGCCCGGCUGGCAGAGGAGGCUUUCUUCCGUGGGGUCAGCCAGGGCCGAGGCGGGCUGGGCUCCAUCUUCGUCUGGGCAUCUGGGAAUGGGGGCCGCGAGCAUGACAGCUGCAACUGUGACGGUUACACCAACAGCAUCUACACGCUGUCCAUCAGCAGCACCACCCAGUACGGCAACGUGCCCUGGUACAGCGAGGCCUGCUCCUCCACCCUAGCCACCACCUACAGCAGUGGCAACCAGAAUGAGAAGCAGAUUGUGACGACUGACCUCAGACAGAAGUGCACCGAGUUGCACACCGGGACGUCGGCCUCAGCCCCCCUGGCCGCUGGCAUCAUCGCCCUCGCCCUGGAAGCCAACAAGAACCUGACCUGGCGGGACAUGCAGCACCUGGUGGUGCAGACCUCGAAGCCAGCUCACCUGAAUGCCAAUGACUGGGUCACCAAUGGUGUUGGCCGCAAAGUCAGCCACUCGUAUGGCUACGGCCUGCUGGAUGCCGGGGCCAUGGUGAGCCUGGCCAAGAACUGGACUACGGUGGGACCUCAGAGGAAGUGUGUCAUUGACAUCCUUGCAGAGCCCAGGGACAUUGGGAAGCGUCUCGAGGUACGGCGGAAAGUGGAUGCCUGCCUGGGGAAAGCCAACUACAUCAGCCGGCUGGAGCACGCGCAGGCCAGGCUGACGCUGUCCUACAACCGGCGGGGGGACCUGGCCAUCCACCUGGUCAGCCCCAUGGGCACCCGCUCCACCCUCCUGGCUGCCAGGCCCCACGACUUCUCGGCCGAUGGCUUCAAUGACUGGGCCUUCAUGACAACGCACUCGUGGGAUGAGGACCCCUCCGGGGAGUGGGUGCUGGAGAUUGAGAACACCAGUGAUGCCAAGAACUAUGGCACGCUUACCAAGUUCACGCUUGUGCUGUAUGGGACGGCCACCGACUCCCCCAGCCUCUCCAACCAGCUGGAGAGCAGUGGCUGCAAGACCCUGACCCCCAGCCAGACCUGUGUGGUCUGCGAGGAGGGCUACUACCUGCACCAGAAGAGCUGCCUGAAGCACUGCCCUCCUGGCUUCGCACCCGGUGUCCAGAGCACGCACUACAACCUGGAGAACAGCGUGGAGCCCAUUGCACCCCACCUCUGCCUGCCCUGCCACCCCUCCUGUGCCACCUGUGCGGGACCUGGCCCCAACCAGUGCCUCACCUGUCCUGCACACUCCCACUUCAGCAGCCUGGACCUCUCCUGCUCCCACCAGACACAGAGCAGCCGUGCGUCCCCUGCCCUGGCAGAUGGCGAAGGACCAGCUGAGGCCCCCCCUCCGGUCAACUUGCCUGUCCUCAUUGCCAGCCUCAGCUGCAUCCUCAUCGUCAUCAUCUUCGUCACCAUCUUCUUGGUGCUGCAAGCACGCUCAGGCUUCAGCCUGCGGGGUGUGAAGGUGUAUGCCCUGGACAGCGGGAUCAUCUCCUACAAGGGGCUCCCCUCUGACAUCUGGCAGGAGGAGGGUCCCUCUGAGUCGGACGGUGAGGAUUAUGAGGCCCACAGCGAGAGGACUGCCUUCAUCAGAGACCAAAGUGCCCUUUGAUGAGCCCUCCUGCCCCUCCCUCCUCCCUGCCCAGCACCGCAGGCCUGGGGCAGGUGAGGCUGAGGGGCCCUGGACUCUGCCCCUGUCCCCUUCCUGCACUGCAGGAGCCUGGGGCUCCCACCCACUGGCACCAUCCCUCAGCCCGAGUCUGGGUGGCCAGGCAUGGUCCUGCAGGCACCAUCCCCAGCACAGCACCGUCCCAGUCUUGCACCAUCUCUCCUGGCCCUGUGUCCAUCCUCUGCCCCAUGCCGGGGUGUCUGGUGGCAGUGGGGCCCGACACUUCCUGGCCCUGCACUGGCAGCAGUGUCUCCCGUGCUGGGUCCAUGGCUGCUGCUUGGGGUCUUGUGAGUUCUCCAGGGUGGGCAGUGUAUGAAAUCCCUGGGUUGCCAUGGCUCAAGGUGGGCUGGCCGGUGCAGGGGUGGCUCUGCCCCCAGAGCUGAGCCCAGCCUGUGUCACAGCAUCCCCUUGCCCCUCCCACUCUCGGCCCGUGUGGAGCUGCGUCCCAGGCUCAGUUCAUUGUGUCCCAGCUCCCUGCCACCUCCCCUGGGCCUGUCUGCUUCCACCCGAGCCCUUCGACAGCAAUAAUGGCCAGGCCUCAGCUGCUGCUGUCCACUGCCUGCCCAUCCCACCGCCGCUGCCUGCAGCGGGUAGGAGCCCUGGCACCGGGGAGCAUCAGGCUGGGCACUGCCUGACCCUGUGCCCAUGGCACAGCCCACAGCCUGGGCAGGGACCCCUCGCACAGUCCCUGCUUUGGGGGGCUGCCUUGGGCCCCUUGUGUUCUGCCCCUGGGGAGGGCUGUAGGUGCUGCUGGCUGGGACUGUCAGGUAGCGCCAGUGCCAGCACUGCCCCAGCUCUGCCUGCGUCCUGCCUGUGCUGGGCAGUGCCCAGCAUUCCUGCAGCCCUCGCCCCCCAACGUGCCUUGCCCCCACUUGGUGACAAUCUGUUCUGCUCCCCGCUGGAGCCCUUCCCCUUGCUGCCCCUUCCCUGGUGGGCCGGGGGCCAGUGCCACGAGCCCCUCUGCCGUCCGCCGCCGCACACCGGGGCCAUGGUGUAGGCUCCCACCUGCGCCAGCCGUGGAUGGAGCCACUGGCCAGGGGCCACAGGACUAUUUUUCUAUAACAACUUUUUGGUGCACAGUAAUUUUUUCUUGUAAUUUAAUCAGCCGGGAGCUGCCUCCUGAGCCUGUUUUUAAUUUAAUGGAUGUGGAUAUAACGCUAGAGAGACUGAGUUAUUAAAUGUUCAGAACUAUGCAAACCA